CCUCGGUAGCUUCAGCAGCAAGAACCGAAGUCGCCGCUGCCUCUGCCGCCUGGGUCGCCGGCCGCCCGCGCGCUGGCUUAGCCGGGGCCCGUAGCCAUGGAGGACUUUAUCGUGAUCUCGGACGACAGCGGCUCCGAGAGCUCCGGGGGGACCCGCUCGGGCCGGGCGCGGCGGCUCCGCCGGGCCCUGUCCCGGACCCCUGGCGCGCUGCCCCGCCGGACAGUGGAUUUCAUUGACUUAACUAGAGAAACCAGACCAAGGGCAAAGGAUAGAAAUGGACUAUGUGUGAUUGACCUGACAAGAAGUGAAGAAGAAAAUAGACCUAUUGCCACUCUUGAUUUGACUUUAGAACCUGUCAUUCCCUCCCAGAAGGAGCCAGCUAGUCUUCAGACAUGUGCCAGCCUCUCCAACAAAGAGAUGAUAGAAAGUCUGGUGGACAGAAGCUCUCGGCCUACAGCACAGAGAAUCAUUAACAGCGAUCCUGUGGAUUUGGACCUGUUGGAAGAAGCCACAUCAGAAGCCCCUCAACCCCCUACAUCCGUCAGUCAGGACUCUCUUUAUCCAGCAGAGCCAAAUUGUAGCUCAACCACAUUCAAAGGUGACCUCAGCUUCUUAGCAAGCCUACAGCUGUCCUCAGAUGUUAGCUCUUUCUCCUCAACAAGCAAUAAUGGUAGCAGCAGCAAUCAAAGGGCACUCUUGCCAUGCCUGCAGCAAGAUGUGCCUUGCCCACCUCAAACCUUGCCAGGCCCACUGCGAGCCUUGCCAUGCCCAAUGCGAGCUUCACCGUGUCCACCACGAGCCUCCUCCUGCCCACCACGAGCCUUGUCAUGCCCAUCACAGACCAUGCAGUGUCAGCUACAAGCUUUGUCUCACCCACCUCAAGAAGUACCAUGCCCUCCUGAAGAUGUCCCAUGCCCUCAGUGGAGUAUGCCAAGCCCACCUCAAGAGUCAUCAUGGCAUCCUCAGCACCCACCAAGCCCACCUCAAGACUCUCUGGGCCUACUACAGGAUGUACCAGGUCCACCUCAAAAGCUGUUCUAUCCACAAGAUAUGGCACAGCAGCAAGACAUUCCAAAGUCACUGCAAGAUGUGCCACAGUCACUAGGAGAUGUGCCACAGUCACUAGGAAAUGUACCACAAUUCCCAGGCAAAAUGUCACAGUCACCAGGAGAGGUGCCACAGCCACAGGGAGAUAUACCACACUUACCAGAUGUGCUGUGCUCACCUGGUGACAUGCCAUGCUCACCAGGAGACUUGCCUCACUUACCACAAGACAGGCCUGACUCUCCCCAGAAUGAUGUACAGAAUUGUGAUGCUCCUAUGGAUAUCUCAGCUCCAUCCUCUCCAAGCUGCUCCCCAAGCCCACAGUCUCCACAGUCUGAAACUUCCUUAGAGAAAGUUCCUUGGCUUUCUGUCAUUGAAACCCCAGCCAGAAAAGAGAUAUCACUGUCAGAGCCUGCCAACUCAGGGUCUACCCAGGUACAAGCACGAACACUGCAAGGUGGGCUAUACAACAAACCCUGCCUGCAUAGACUGAAGUACUUCUUACGACCUCCAGUACAUCACCUCUUCUUCCAGACACUAAUACCCGAUAAAGACACACGAGAGAGCAAGGGUCAAAAGUUAGAACCCAUCCCACCUCGAAGACUAAGAAUGGUAACAAACACCAUUGAAGAAAACUUCCCCCUGGGGACUGUGCAGUUUUUGAUGGACUUCGUAUCACCCCAGCAUUACCCACCUGGAGACAUUGUGGCUCACAUCAUCCAGAAAAUCCUACUCAGUGGCUCUGAGACUGUGGAUGUCCUCAAGGAGGCCUACAUGCUUCUCAUGAAAAUUCAACAGCUACAUCCAGCCAAUGCCAAGACAGUGGAGUGGGACUGGAAACUGCUCACAUAUGUCAUGGAAGAAGAGGGUCAGACUCUACCUGGGCGGGUCCUUUUCCUGCGUUACGUAGUACAGACCCUGGAAGAUGACUUUCAGCAGAUCCUGAGGAGGCAACGGCAGCACCUGCAGCAAUCUAUUGCAAACACUGUGCUGUCCUGUGAUAAGCAGCCCCACAAUGUCAGAGAUGUUAUCAAGUGGCUGGUCAAAGCAGUAACUGAAGAUGGACUGACUCAGCCCUCAAAUGGGAAUCAAACUUCUUCAGAAACAGGAAUCUUAAAGGCCAGCGGUGGCCACCCUUCUCCCCAACCUAACCUGACCAAGAACACCAAUCAGUUGAUUGUGUGCCAGCUUCAGAGGAUGCUGUCCAUAGCCGUAGAGGUGGAUAGGACUCCCACCUGCAGCUCCAAUAAAAUUGCUGAGAUGAUGUUUGGGUUUGUGCUGGACAUCCCUGAGAGGAGUCAAAGAGAGAUGUUCUUUACUACCAUGGAAAGCCACCUUCUGCGCUGCAAAGUGUUAGAAAUCAUAUUCCUUCACAGCUGCGAGACGCCUACUCGCCUGCCCUUGUCUCUGGCCCAGGCCCUCUAUUUUCUGAACAAUUCCACAUCACUACUUAAGUGUCAGUCAGACAAAACCCAGUGGCAGACUUGGGAUGAACUGGUUGAGCAUCUGCAGUUUCUGUUGUCCAGUUAUCAACAUGUUUUAAGAGAGCACCUACGGAGUUCAGUGAUCGAUCGAAAAGACUUAAUAAUCAAAAGGAUUAAGCCCAAGCCCCAACAAGGAGAUGAUAUCACAGUGGUGGACGUGGAGAAGCAGAUCGAAGCCUUCCGCAGUCGCUUAAUCCAGAUGCUGGGGGAGCCUCUGGUCCCUCAGCUGCAAGACAAAGUGCACUUGUUGAAGCUUUUGCUCUUCUAUGCUGCAGACUUGAACCCUGACUCAGAGCCCAUUCCGAAGCACUAGAGCAACCCCUAAGGGCCUUCCUAGCACUGAGCACCAAGAAUACCUCUUGAACUAUGUCUCUUAGAAGCUCUAAAAGUAUGAACAGUAGUUAAAAAUCUCGCAGGACCAAACCUAUCUUAUUUAUCUGUAGGUUGUAAUCACUUUCUGACUCUAGCAUAUCUCUCUUUUUUUGAUAAUCCUAUCCUGGCCUAUUCUCAAAUAUGGCUUAAAUAUACAAGGUGUAUAUAUAUUUUUAAUAAAUUAUUUAUCUAUACUUUUUUUGAAACAGGUAACACUACAUGCACUCUAUAUUUAACAUUUCCAUUCAAGAUGUGAGAAAAGAAUCCCUCUGCUGAACAAACUGUAUGUCAGUGUUAUUUAAGUAACUGACAGCCUGUUUCUGGAAAGACAUUUGUUUUUCCUAAUAUAACACAUUCUAUAUUAGACCUUUUAUAUUGCCUAUGAAUAUGACUUUAUGGCCAGUCUCUUAAGAUCUAAUGUAACAAAGGGGGGACAAAGAAACAAAAGGAUAGUGUUAUAAAACAUUUGAUGUUAAAAGGAUCCAAUAAAAAAGCAAUGGUUUUUCAAAACACCAAAGUUUACCAUGCUUAGGUUCCAUGACUGGGUAGGCAGAAUGGCUAUUCUUAACAAGACAAAAAGAUGCCCACAUUUGAGAAAGAAGUAAUGAUUUUUAUUGUCCAAACAAAAGAUCUUAACAGAAGACACAAAUAAAUUAGUUGUUCUGACAAUUUUAGACUUCAGGGCUUCUCUAUGAGAAGAUCAGCUCCUUAUGUAAACAAAAAUCCUAACCAAAACAAAAACAGCAAGUAUCUGAGACAGUGUUCAAGACAAAUGUACAGUGAGGAGAAAUAAAAAUGCAGUUUCUAAGAUACGUGUUGCAUAAAGAUAUGAGGCUGGUUUCGGUGAAAAAUGCUUUUCUUCCAUUGAAUACUUCCACCUCCCUUCCAAAAAGUUAAGCCCUGACCUGGACAAAGAAAUUAAAAUAACUGACACUAAUUUUGCAUGAAUAAUUUAACUGGACCAGUGUAUAAUCUAACUGUACUUACCAUCUUAUUUACUCUAAAAAAGUUGAAAAUCGUAGGGUCGGGGUAUAGCUUAAUGGUAGAACACUUGCCUAGAAUGGGCAAGGCCCUGGGCUCAAGCCCCAGCACCACCCAAAAAAAAAAAAAAAAAAAAAUCAAUAUUCAAAUCAAUAGACUUACUUUUUCCUUUUAGGAAGUUUCAACCAAAUUGGAGUUAAAUUAAUCUCACUUUAAAGUGCAAGAAAGGAUAUGCAAGACUAGUGUUUGUUCUGUGACAUGUAUAUGAGAAGUAUCCCUCCAAUAGCAGUGGCCCAAGAGGUACCAAGAAGCAUGAAGAACUGGCUACAGGACAAAGCAAUCAAUCCAUUAGACUGACCAAAAAGCAAGGAGACCAGUUUUAGCCUAGGAAAGAGGAGUUCCUGCCAAGUCUGGCUGUUAACUGUACCAGACCUUAAACAGGUUGUAGGUCCCCCUACCUAACAAGGCUGGAGCACAAGAUCAGCAGGGUCAAAAGGGCCAGUCACCCAAACUUGUCAGCAGGCACCCCUACACUGUGAUGUGUUAAUGCUAUGCUGAUGGUGGUAAAAAGAAGCCUAGGCUUUGGAAUAGCAUAAACAUUUACCUAGUAAGCAAUGAUCAAAGUCCUGGUCUGGGAUAAAUGAUACAAGAAAGGGUAAUGAAGUCCCCCAAACAUCACUGCUGAGACUUUUUAAUCUGACUCUAAAACACUACAGGUUUCUUCCACAGAAGGACAAACUGCACUGAUGUUUCUCAGAAUUAAUUAACUCUCCACCUCUAGCCUGUUUUUUUUUUGUUGUUGUUGUUUUGUUUAAAUAUAUCUUUCCUAUGUCAGAGCCAAGGUAAAAGAGGAGUAAAGGACAAGAAACCCUCUAUCCCAAGUCCCUGGGACAGAAAGCACUCUAGAAGCCAGUGGGUGUGAGCACAUUCAAGUCACGUGGUUUGAGAUUAUGGGUCCGUGGCAGUUGUUUUUUCCCUUCUAUGGCUGGGACAUCCAUCUUGGGCGGCUUGAAGGUUGCUGGAUCUUCAGCCAUUCGGGUGGCCUGAGCACGGAUCAGCUCCAUGGGAGAGGGCUUCUGGGCUCCUUUGUAGGCCUGGAUGGCAAAACCUCCUACAAAAGUAAACCAGAGAGUAAAUGACUGCAGAAUCAGUGUCCAGUAUAUAAUACAGUAAGAUGCCUGCCAUGUUGCUUUCUUUGUUGAAAGAGCUGCCUACCAGAAUCAGACUUCUGAAGGGGUCUUGGACCAAAAAGGCUCCAUUUAUCUGAUGAGUUUCUGUCCUUAUCUCCAUUUCCAGGAUCCAUGGUACUAGGAUUUGGACCAGGUAAGGCUGUAGAGGAACCAGAAGAAAACCAGCCUCUGGAAGAGAAAAUAAAACAUCCUAAUACAUCCUCUUCCUGCACCUCUAGAAGAAUCUCACACCAAAAGAACAGGGAACUGUGAGCUAGCACUUCUCACUCUGAAACCACAGACUUAAAUCCAACUUUGAGCACUAGCUUUCCUAAGGCUGAAGCACACUGAGGCUCAGAAGAGUCCCAGGAAUGGCUCACCUGGGCCUCUGCUUAGGGGAAGAGUGAGGGGUGCUGCUUGGGGUAGACUGGGCUGAUGCAGGCUGCUUCUCCUCCUUUGUUAUCUCUCCACUCUGUAGCUUUAGUUUCUGUUCAGAUGGGUAAAAAGAGAGUCUUUUUCAAAAUGAGAGCAAACCCAAAAUAGCCACUAAAUAGUUCUCUGGGCAUAAACCAUUUGUUUCACAUUAACUUAAGGCACAAAAUAAAAACAUUCUUAGCAUAGGCAGAAUGAUUUUGAAUAUACAACAGACAGUCUUUUGUUUUUGCCAUACUGAAUGAAACCAUCUUUUUAAAGAAUUGCACUCUUUCUGUAACAGAUCUCAAACAUCCCUGUACUAAAAGCUGUGUACUAGAGGUAUUACUUCAGGAAAGUAAUUUUCCCACAUGUACCCAACCAGUAAGUGGGAGAGCCAGAAUCAAGCUGUAUUCUUGGCCUUUUAAGCAGCACCUUGAGUCCUCCUUUCAUUGCAUCUUCUACCAUGUGUAGCCCCUAACCAUUCUGACUCAAAAACAGGCUCGCUAUUCUUUAGCUAAAUGCUUCCUCUGGGGAUCUUACCCCAUUCUUCCUCCUCUCCCAUAAACAGCUAUUCCAGGUCCCCUCAGCAUUGUAAAUAUACCUCCAACAGA